CAACUAUGGAGGACUACCAAGAACCGGGCUGUGAUGGCAUUGAACUGCUCGAUUGGCUGUUUGAUCAAAACGAUGGAAUUCUCCGUCACGAGGAACCAGGACGCCAAGGCAACCAUCACACCUGGCUGGUCCAGGACUCAAAUCAGAUGCUGCAGCCGGCCGAGCAGCCAGAUGAUGACUUCCUCAAUGCCCUACUGAGUGGAAGUGAUUCUGUGUCAGGCUCGCCUGUCUGGUCCCCUUCUCAAAGUGACAGUGGGAUCAGUGAGGACCCCCCCUCAGACCAGAUGGACAGCCCUCAACGCCCCGGGAGCCCCCCUGGCGACACUCAGUUUUUUGCUUCCAGGCCACAAACCAAGGCAGACUUGGAUGCCAACUUCUCCGUUGACCUCCAUGGCUGGGGUCCUGGAUUCCCAAAUGACAGGAUGAGGAUCACACCGUAUCCUGCAGAUGCUCACAGGCCACAGCUGAACUCCGGCUUCCCGCUGACUGUCAAGGAUCUGCUACUGUCUGGCACACCGGAGCCUGUACCAAACAUUUCCCAACAAUCCAUUCAAGAGUUGAUUCUCAAUGAAGAUGAGAAGAAGCUUCUGGUGAAGGAGGGGGUGACUCUGCCCGGCCAGCUGCCUCUCACAAAGUACGAAGAAAGGAUACUGAAGAAAAUACGCAGAAAGAUUCGCAAUAAGCAGUCUGCUCAGGAGAGCAGGAAGAAGAAGAAAGAGUAUAUUGAUGGGCUGGAGAGCAGGAUGGCUGCCUGCAAUGCUCACAACCACGAGCUUCAGAGGAAGGUGUCCCAGCUCCAGAAAUGCAACAUGUCACUGAUGGAGCAGUUGCGCAGGCUUCAGGCUUUGGUCAUGAAUACAUCUAACAAGCCAGCACAGACUGGAACAUGCGUGCUGGUGCUUCUGCUGUCCUUCUCACUAAUCCUGUUCCCAAACCUCAAGCCUUUCUCCGACACCAAGGUCAGCCAAGAAGACUUCAGUCCAGUCAGAAUCCAGUCACGGUCGCUGCAGAACCUACAGGCGUCCCGAGUGCUGCAUAUCACUGAAUCCCCAUUUUCUGCUGAGGACGAAUCGGAGCCUCUGCACAGGCAUCUUCCCGGGGAAAGGGGAUUGGAAGAUAUUACCACCAUGAUGGGAAAGAUGCAUGUGAACCAAGACCAGUCCAAUGUGGAGCCCAUGUCUCUAAACAGCAGUCAGGAGGAAAGAAUGGGUCAUUUCCAUGUCGACCCAAUUACUGGUCACAUAGCGUCUUUGACCUUGGAUCCCCAGCGCUCCGCCCGCUUGAGACCACAUGCUGAUGACAUGUAACAUAGAUAAAUGAAUGAUCCCCAC